AUGGAUCCGUUGAAAUUUUUGAUGGAGUCUCUUGCUUUGACUGGCAGAUUAGCUAGAUGUCAGAUAUUGUUAUCCGAGUUUCAUAUUGUCUAUGUGAGUCAAAAGGAAAUAAAAGGGAGCAUUAUAGCCGACUUUCUUGCAAGUCGUGCCUCAGAGGACUAUGAGUCUUUGAACUUCAAUUUCUCUAAUGAAGAUUUAAUGUGCAUUUCUACCAAGGAGGAGAGCUCCGAAAUCAACAAAUCUUGGACUUUGUACUUUGAUGGUGCCUCUAAUGCUUUAGGAAAUGGAAUUGGGGCAAUGCUAAUUUCCCCAGAGAAGAUUUACUAUCCUUUAACAAGAAGAUUAUAUUUCUUUUGCACCAAUAAUAUGGCAGAAGACGAAGCAUGCAUUAUGGGAAUAAAAGUGGCCAUUGAAAGAAUGAUCAAAACGCUCAAAAUAUAUAGAGAUUCCUCGUUAGUGGUGUACCAACUAAGGGGAGAAUGGGAGACGAAAGACUCGAAGCUAGUCGAAUACAGAAUUUGA